CUUGCCUGGUUGCAGAAGGCAGUGGCCACCAUGAAGCAGCUCAUCUCCCACCUUCUGGGCUUUUGCUGCCUCGUCUGCUUCAAGGGGACUCAAUGUUUCACCAGCGAUGUCGACAGAUGUCAGGAUUCAUUUACUUGUCCUGCGUUUGCAAAGUGUGAAAACGUUCCUGGGGGCUACCACUGCACCUGCAAACGCGGGUUUGCAUCUACUUCUGGGGAGCAACACUUCACUGAUCCAACAGUGAAGUGCAUCCUUGACAGGUGUCGGAAUUUGUCUACUUGUCCUCCUUUUGCAACCUGUGAAAAUGUUCCUGGAGGCUACCAAUGCACCUGCAAUCACGGGUUUGCAUCUAGUUCUGGGGAGGAACAGUUCACUGAUCCAACAGUGAAGUGCGUUGAUGUUGAUGAAUGUUCUCAGGUCCCGUCAGUCUGUGGCCCUCACAGCAUCUGCAUCAACACCCCAGGGAGUUUCAUCUGCCAAUGUUCUCCAGGUUAUUCUUCCCCCAGUGGGACCUCUUGGAAACCUAGCAACUCCAACAUCUUGAACUGCACAGUUGACAGGUGUCAGAAUUCGUCUACUUGUCCUGCUUUUGCAAUCUGUGAAAAUGUCCCUGGGGGCUACAACUGCACCUGCAAACGCGGGUUUACAUCUAGUUCUGGGGAGGAACACUUCACUGAUCCAACAGUGAAGUGUGUCGUUGACAGGUGUCAGAAUUCGUCUACUUGUCCUAGUUUUGCAAAAUGUGAAAACGUUCCUGGGGGCUACCACUGCACCUGCAAUCACGGGUUUGCAUCUACUUCUGGGGAGCAACACUUCACUGAUCCAACAGUGAAGUGCAUUGUUGACUGGUGUCAGAAUUCGUCUACUUGUCCUACUUUUGCAAAAUGUGAAAACGUCCCUGGGGGCUACCACUGCACCUGCAAACGCGGGUUUGCAUCUAGUUCUGGGGAGCAACACUUCACUGAUCCAACAGUGAAGUGCGUCAGUGAGUAUGAGCUCCGGAGCCCAGCUAAGUGAGUGAGAACUCUGUAAUGGGGCGAGAGUAAUGUAGGUUGCUCUAAUGCCAUUGGGACCAGCUCUUGCACUUGCCAGAGAAGUUAUGUAUCAUUUGUGACGCUUUGUACCUCUGGGGAACACCCUACAGCCCCACGUUCAUCUUUAUAAAAUGAUUGUGUGGUAUCCAAUGCAAAGUUUGUCAUGUUGGGUGUCUUUGGAAGGCUCAUAAUGUACUGAGCAUGGUUGUUAUAGUGAUGUUAUAGUAAUCGUUAUAGUGAUGUUAUAGUAAGGUUAUAGGUUAUAAUUUCAUGCAUAUAGUUAUGAGCCUGAAAAUGUAUCCUUGGCUUAAAGCAAAUCGAUGUAAAAACUCUCCAGGAACAGAGGGGCAAUUCACACCUCAUCAGGGCAUGGAUGGGACAAACUCCGCCCAGCCUCACAGGAACAAGGGACACUGGCUUAGGCAGCAAGAAAAGAAUCUGUUAGUCCCUCAAGGGAGUCACCCCCCCCUUCAUUUGGUCAGUUUGGGACUGAGAUGACGUAAUGCUCACCUGACUCUGAAGGGGGAGGGGAACAAAGCCAAGAGGAAAGAAAGGACAUGAUAAAAGGGAGAGACGUUUUGCUAGGCUCUCUCUCUUCCACCUACAUCUACAGACACCACCACCACCACCCAGUGACUGAAACACUGAUCAAAGGAGCAAGCCUGACUGAAAAGGAACCAGCCAGCCUGCAGUGAGAAGCAUCUCCGUUUUAAGGACAUUGAAAGUGUUAAGAUCAGCUUAGAAUGCGUUUUGCUUUUAUUUCAUUUGACCAAAUCCGGCUUGUUGUGCUUUGACUUAUAAUCACUUAAAAUCUAUCUUUAUAACUAAUAAAUCUGUUUGUU